UGGAUUAAUUUUGCCAGUGAAACCCAAAUCUCAACUUCUGUUAAAAAGCCAAAUGGGCAUAUGCCACUCAACUUCAUCAGUUUUAACAGCAAAGCUAAUCCUCCAAGACGGUAGCCUUCAAGAAUUCUCAAACCCGGUUAGGGUUGCAUAUGUAUUACAGAGAAACCCUAACUGUUUCGUGUGCAGUUCAGAUGAUAUGGACUUUGAUACCACCCUUUGCGCCAUUGACGCCGAUGAUCAGCUUCAACCAGGUGAGCUCUACUUUGUUUUGCCUUUGCGUUUGUUAAAUAGCCAUCUUCGAACCCAGGAGAUGAGAGCCUUGGCUGUCAAGGCAACUCAAGCUCUUAACCUGGGUCAUGCUACUGGUAUUGCAAACAACUUGUGCGGGUGUGGGAUUAAUAAAAAGAUUGAUCCUCCCUUGCUUCUUAACAACAACCUCCAAAAGUCUAGUUUCUUGGUGACCCACGGCGGUGGAGGUGGAGGUGAAGGUUUCCGAGUGAGAAGAAAAACAAGAACUGCAAAGAGUAGUUUUAACUCAAAGUUGACUGUUAUUCUGGAAGAGCAAAUUGAUUGAUUACUGGCCUCAAUUAGUGCCAGUUUUAGGCUAUCUUCACAACACUAAAUUAUGGUUAUUUUAGAUUACUAUUUUGACUAUUAAUAUUCAUGGAUGAUAUUAGCAAACAAUAA